AUGGCGGACGUUCUGGAGGCAUUAAUCGCUUCACUAGUCGAAUCCCUCAACUCUGAUGGUCUACCAUGUAUCCUCUGGGGUCAAUGUUUGCUCAACAUCCACGGUAUAUCAUCGCCGAUCAAUUCCAUUGACUUCAUUGUCCCCACUGGUCUCAUAAACGAAGCAGACAAAUCGCUCAGCAAGUUCCCUGGCCUGCAUGCCUGCACAAAACAACCUUCAUGCCCUUGGAGUCCCAAGAAGCGGAAAGCAGAGGAGCCAGUAAUACACAUGCACCUCGACGACCCUAACGUAACAGUGGCUCUAUAUGCCCAUUGUCGGAUACUAUGGUUCAUCCCAGAGCUGGGUAAUCAUCUGACGCUCGAUGAGCAGCACACAUACUUGCUGCCUCAUUUGACUGUCGCGUCCAACUCGGAAGCUCUCCCACCACACCGACCUGGUCGUGGAUCUGGUUUCUUUACGACAUCUGAGUAUCCGGUAAUUGUGCCAAGGCUUCAUCUUCUCAUGGAAACUUUCAUGCGUUUGUAUUUACGUGACAGCAAGAAGCGCGAGGGUGCAUAUGCCAUAGAUAUGAUGGAACGGCUGAUACCGUGUAUGAAUGAUGCCGAUCUUCCGGGGUCGAGCGAGAUUCCGGAGCGGAUCAAGAAGCAUUAUGAAGCGCUUGAACGAGGUGAUAGGCUUGGUGUUGGGAGAGGCUCAUAG